AUGCCGACCUACGAUGUCGAUGGCGUCCAGGUGGAUUUUCCCUACGAGGCAUACGAUUGCCAGCUGGAGUACAUGCGAGCCGUCGUCAAAGCCCUGGACGGUGGGUCGAACGCGCUGCUGGAGUCGCCCACCGGCACGGGCAAGACGCUUUGCCUACUCUGCGCAGCGCUGGGCUGGCGGCGACAUCGCCAGCAGGCGGUGACGGCAGCACGGACGAGCUGGGAGGCGCAAGCGACGGCCCCAAAGGUGGCAGUGCCACGGAUCUUCUACGCAUCCAGGACCCACACCCAGCUGCGGCAGGUCAUGAGUGAGCUCAAGCGCACCUGCUACAAGCCCUGGAGUGUCGUGCUGGGCUCCAGACAGCAUUUCUGUCUCCACCAGUCCGUCUCGCGCCACACCGGAGCACGUCAGAAUGCCAUGUGCCGCAAGGUCGUAGAUGAGCAGAAAUGCCCUUAUCACAUCGGCUUCCGGAAGUGUGGCUCAAAGGUGUCGACAGCGCUGAAGGACAUCGAGGAGAUUGUGCAUAGCUGCAAGGAGGCAAACGUCUGCCCGUACUUCAAGGUGCGUGAGGAUGCCAAGGAAGCCGAGCUCCUCCUCUUGCCUUAUGACUACCUCCUCGGCACGCAGACCCGAGAAGCACUGCAGGUGCCCCUCAAGAACAGCAUCCUCAUCUUCGACGAGGGUCACAACAUCGAGCGGUCCUGUGAAGAAAUCGCUUCUUUCGAGCUCAGCCAGGCCGACAUUGCCGGGGCCAUCUCUGAGAUUGAUGACGCUUUCGACCUCGUGGAGAGAGGCGAGGUGGACGAUGAGGUCCUCAAGGACGUGCCCUGCGAGACGUUCUUGAAGCAUCUGAACCUCUUCAAGAAGCACCUUUUUGGGCUCGAAGACUCCAUCUCUGCCGAGAAGCUCGAAAAGGAUGCUGCCGCUGACCGUUCCAUCUUCAAGGCCCGGGGAGGCCAUGUUCUCGAUUUGCUCUUGCGGCAAUCGGAACGCGGCUUCGGCACUGACAAAGAGGACCUCAAGCACAUCACGCACGUGAUUCGAAGUGCCACCGACGUGCUGACGCGGGGGCAGGAGACGGCGAACUCAGGUGGCCUAUACUUGGAUAAAAUCCAGAUGCUUUUGUCCACUGCCUUCAAGUGCGACCGCGAGGAGCUGGACAACAAUUACCAGCUGCUGAUCACGGAG